GCGGCGGGCGACGCAGCUUCACGUACCGAAAAAAAAUGCCGCGGUUCGGGUCGGCAGGUUGCUAAUGUCUCCGGGCUGUCUUACAGUGGACCCUUACAUUUUUUUUAAACACGUGCAAAAUUCAGUAAAAACUGAACUUCUUAUCUCUUCGGUUGUCAGGUACAGCAGCGACAAAAAACGUCUUAUCGAACCAUUAAAAUCACUACGAGGACCAGCAAGACUGCUGCUUUACACGAGUUAGCAAGUCGUACAGAAAAUUAAGCGUCUAAAUUUAUUUUUGCUGAACUGGGGGAGCAAAACAUGACAACUCUAACGAGGCAAGAUCUCAAUUUUGGGCAAGUGGUUGCUGACAUUCUGUGUGAAUUCCUGGAGGUCGCUAUUCAUCUCAUCCUGUAUGUCCGUGAGGUUUAUCCCUCUGGGAUAUUUCAGAAGCGAAAGAAGUACAACGUACCUGUGCAGAUGUCAUGUCACCCAGAGCUGAAUCAGUAUAUCCAAGAUACACUACACUGUAUAAAGCCACUCAUUGAGAAGAACGAUGCAGAGAAGGUGGUUGUGGUCAUCAUGGACAAAGAGCAUCAUCCAGUAGAGAGAUUUGUUUUUGAGAUUUCCCAGCCACCCUUGCUCUCUAUCAGCUCAGACACGUUGCUGUCACAUGUGGAGCAGCUGCUGAGGGCGUUCAUCCUGAAGAUCAGCGUGUGUGAUGCUGUUUUAAAUAGUAAUCCACCAGGGUGUUCGUUUACAGUACUAGUACAUACCAGAGAUGCUGCUACUCGCAAUAUGGAGAAGGUUCAAGUAAUCAAGGAUUUUCCAUGGAUAGUCGCUGAUGAGCAAGAAGUCCACAUGCAGGAGCCUAGACUCAUUCCACUAAAGACUAUGACUUCUGAUAUAGUAAAGAUGCAGCUGUAUGUGGAAGAGAGAGCCCAGAAAACAUAGAUGCUUUCUUAGCAGAAGCCAUGCUGCAGGAGAUCAUCUGUGACACCAGGGAAUCCCAGGCAGAAUCUUCAACACAGCCUAUCAGUGCUGAAUUGAUGAGUUGUUGGGGAACACAUGGGGAGAGAGUGAUGUUCCCUGUGAAAUGUAUUUUUAUGAGGUCCAUUAACUUUGCUUCUGGCGGCGUUAAAGGUUGGACUCGCACACUGGGUUGAUAGAAGUCCUCUAUCAUCAGCAUGGGCCAUUUUCUCAUUCCACAUAAAUACGUGAUUAUGGUUCUGUUUGUGAAAUCCUGGGCCGUUGGUUAAAAUUUAUAUAUUUUUUUAUUUAUUUCCCAUUAUGUGCCAGGAAAGUCUUUCAGCUCUUUAUCACACUCCACUGCUAAAUAUCAUCCUAUUUGCUGAUAGCAGUCAACAAGUCUGAUAUUGUCAUGAAUGUGGUCAGUAUAGCUGUGCAUCCUUGCUGAUACGUAAUGUGUUUUGUUGUUUUUUGAAUGGAGAUUUUUAGGGUAACCGGAUUGAAAUGUCCUUGUAACUCUAUGAAAUUCAAAGGAAAUCAGGAAACCAGUGUAAUGUGUACCAUUAACACCAGUCUGUAAACUGAGAUAACAGUUUUAUUGUUAGUGCAAAAAUAUUACUCUGUUUCUUUGUAGGCAGACUUAUUUGCUGAAACUCCCACAGAGAGUCUGUCCUUAUAACUCCACAUGGAGGUCAUCUGUCAGUCUGUCUCACUCUGUUUAUUGUACGGUGUCUUAACUCUCUGUAAUGUCCUGCCGAGCAGUUUCUUGCAUGGUGUUACAGCAGCAUCUGUCAGGAAAGCCUUCCUGGAGUUUCUGUGAAGUUAAAGGAUUUCGGUGUGUGCAUUUGCAACCAGUGGUAGUAUUCUCUUCUAUUGUUGGAUGGCAAAUAGAAAGUUUUAAUGGAGCAUUUGAUUUUUUUUUUUUUUCGUUCACAGAAGUUUGUUUUAAUAUGUGAAAGUUCAUUAAACUGUAAAAA